AUGGUGCACGUUGAGGAGAAGGGCGUGCCAGCACUCAUCCUAAAGAGGAGCUCCGACCUGAUGUUUGCUCCAGGUGCACCAGAACCUGCAUUCUGCAGCAAUAGGAUGAACAAUGGACAAUGGAUGAAGAAUCAGCCCUCAAAUAGGAGAAGACAGAGAAGACGGCCUCUGGUUUGGGACAUAAACCACACAAGCCUGCCAAUCAGGAUAAAUCACAAAGUGCUGGUGAAUGUCUACAGUCAGGACCACAGCUUUGUGUCUGUGACGAUGCCCCUCCACGCCUCUGUCGAGGACGUCAUGGCAGCCGUGAAAGCCCCAGCAGGAGACAGCUUGCUAGUGAGGGUGCAGUCCACUGGAGUGAGGGAGCAGCUCAAGAUGGAUGCCAGGGCCGUCUCCUUUCUGAGCAUCAAUGAGAGGCUGUUCCUCUGCUCUGCCAGCCAGGCUGCUGAGCUGACGCCCCCGCAGGUACAGCUCGGCCCAAAGGCAAACACAAACGCAGUGGAGAACAUGAGUGCCAAGGCCUUGGCAGUCCAGCUCACCAGCUAUGACUGGGAGCUCUUUAAUGCCAUGCAUGAGACGGAGCUACUCUAUUACGUGUUGGGGUCAAAACUAUUCCCCAACAGCCUAACAGCUAACUUGGAGAGCUUCAUACGCCGCUUCAAUGUGGUGGUGUACUGGGUGGCCACAGAACUCUGUCUGUGUGCAGAGCUCUCCAAGCGAGCUCAGCUGAUGAGGAAGUUCAUCCAGAUGGCCUCCAUCCUAUAUCAGGAAAAAAAUAUGAACUCAUUCAUGGCUGUAAUGUAUGGCCUGACAAACAGUGCAGUGUCCAGACUGCACAACACCUGGAAGAAAGUGCCAAAACUACAGCUGAAGCGGUUCAGGAAAUAUGAGCUCAUACUGGAUCCAUUCAGUAACCAUGACACAUUGAGGAAAGUGGUGGCUAAACUGCACCCGCCAUAUAUCCCGUACCUGCCCCUCAUUUUAAAAGACCUAACAUUCAUAAAUGAAGGGUACAAAACAAGACAAGACAAUCUUGUCAACUUCGAGAAAAUGACAUUAUUUGCCAAAACCUUGAAGAUUGUGAAAGACUGCCGGAAUCAGCCCUACUUACCCAUUUCACCAGAAACUGGCCGUGCAAAGAAAGGCACUGGCCUUCACAACACACAGAAGCCCUCAGGUCCUGAGCAGUUCAACAGCAGAAAACUGCACGUAAUCAGUGACCAGCGGAAGCUGACCCAGCUCUCCAGGGCCAUUGAGCCGUGA